AUGCAGUCACAGUAUCUAUAUUCCAAAUUGAAGUUGGACCAUUUUGAUACCAGGUACUGCAAGGUUUUAUUAGGAAAAAGCCGGUUACGAUUGCAAUAUAUGAACAGGAUAAGGCGCAUGCAGAAGCGGCGCUCGAGCAGGGUGCAGGACAACCAGUCCCAAAGAGUAGAGAGAAUUGGGUCUUGGCAAUCCAUGGAACAUCACUUCAUUCGUUCCAGAACGUUCAACCUGUAUCUGUUUCAAUUAGUUGGAUGCCGGCCUAGCAAUUCCGUAGUCUCAGGCACAAUUCCGCUCACGCCGGAAAGACUGAUGUCCAUAAUUGAUUCUGUCGUACGUCUGUCCUUAGACAGGAAGUGUACAGCGCACACGGCAAAGCUAAACUACACACCGACAGUAUAA